AUGGCGGACCCGAUCAGCAUCGUUGGCCUCGCAUUGACGGUCAUACAGAUUCUCCGUCCAGCAGUUCAACAGUUGAAGGAUGCGUACGCCAACGGAGGCAGCAUUCAUCAGACUCUUGAUGAACUCCGAGCCGACUCAGAGGCUGUUUGCGACCUGAUCGACAACAUACAUCGCGUUCUCAGCACCCCGAGCUUCGUCGCUGCGGUGGAAGAAGUACAAGGCGCGUCGCAGGUCAACUUGCUAGAAUGUCUCCAGCGAGCUCUUCAAAGCUGCGAGCGCGAGGCCCAAAGACUCAGCAAUUUCAUCUACGAUCUCGACAUCUCAGGGGCUACGGGCCGCCUAAGACAGGGCGUGCUUCAGUUCAAGCUUGAUAGACGCUCGGAUGACCUCCAACACAUCAAGCGCAACUUCCAGGAUCAUAAGAGCUCAAUUCAGUUGGCGUUUACGGUUGUCUCAACCUGCAAGCAAAUGCAGGUUGCUGAACGUGAUGCUCUCGAUGCCGCAAGCCUGAAAGCUCAAAUCAGCAGACUCGAGGUGGCCUUGGAGCAAAUCGGAACAUUGCUAAACGAACGGCUAGCGGCGCCAGGUGACAAAGAGCAGACAGUGAUGCUGGAUGAAAUGCGAGAGCUCCAGCAUAGAUCUGCAAAGGUCCGACGCCGAGCCACAAUGCGACUCGACCAGAUUACGUCUAUACUCGAGGAGACGCAGAGCUCACGUCCUAUGGUUGACAGGACCCGCCCUCCUGUACCACCGCGAAGGGCCUGGAAGGAUCACCAAAAGCCGCCUGCAGGAUUUCGCCCGCCAAUUGACCAAAGCCCAGCCUCGAAGGUACCAUCAACUCCAACCACCCCAAGAGCGGAGAAACGCGUUGCAAGCAUGCCGGCCACCCCGACCCCAUCGACAAUCCCGCGAGUAAACGCCUUGAGCCCGGACACGAACAAGUCAGCCUCACCAGUGCUACCUGCCACCCGUCUUUCAGACAUGACUACAAAUGUUCUACAGAUAGAUGCUGAAGACUUCGAGGAGAGAGUUCUGUCACUUUUAUCGACCGCGUCCACUCAACGUAUGGGUACCGAGAAGCCAUACAACGACGAGACAAUUCUGGCGCUCGGGGAACUACUCGCAAUGCUUGGAAAGCAUAACUGGAGUGUACGACCCAGACUAUAUCUCGUGCUCCGCAUGAUCAAGGAAGUGCGAGCGAUGAACAUGCUCAUUGUCGAAGGGUUCAAGGACAUUCACUUCCCUUUCACUGAAGUCGACCUUACUUCCAGUCUCAAAUCUGCUGCUUCCAGGCAAAACUUUCUUCGGGAACAACGGUUUGUACUCAGCUCAAGAUCAGUCGAUCUGGUACAAGGAGGUCGUCAUCAUCACCUUGAUUCUUAUUUUGUCAUUAAGGAGCAGCUUGGGAAAGGCGGCUUCAGCAUUGUCCAUCGUGUCGAAAGCAGAAUUGAUUUGAUCGAAUACGCUUUAAAACGCAUCGAUCGAAGGAGCGGCACAUUUUCAAAGGACCGCAAGAAGCUGCUCUCAUUCGAGAACGAGGUCCAUAACCUCAAGCGACUGUCGCACCAUCAUCUGGUGAAGCUCCUAGGGCAGAUUUAUAACAUGACCGCCAGCGUUCCUAAACUGAGACUCACAGCUCAAGAUCUUCAAGCGAUGAUAACAAAGGAACAAGCCAGAGGAAUCCAUUACAGCGGUCCAUGCUGUGCAAGCGAGGGUUUGUCGGGGGACGGAAGUGACACAACAUCUUGGGCAGGCUCGCAGUCAGAAGAUGAGAUCUUCCAGACGGCCGUGCUGAGUGAUGGCAUGUCGGAUGCACCUACCGUCAUGAACAACACUACGACGACAUCCAUCGGCAGUGACGUGACGCUCCAGGCCCCUCCCCCAAGCAUCGAAAAGAUAGUAUAUACACCUCCCCAUGUACCGGAUUACCUCGGUCAUCAUUCCACGGGAGGUGUCGGUCAGUCGCACCCUAUAUGGCUCAACGUCGGGAACGAUGCAAAUGUACCAUUCUGCGCCACACCUGCAGCUGUGACCGAGGAUAGCUACCCAAGACCGACAAGGGCUAGUAUGGAAAAGACCAACGAUGUGGACAAAGCUCGCGCCGAUAUACCGGAGAUGCAAGCAACGAAACCGAAACACAUAGCCAGAGAUCGCACAGGCAAACGUACCGAUCAUGAGCACGAAGCGGCUCACUUGCGGUUCGUGCAUAUACCAAAGGCCGCCGAACCCACGAACGAAGAAGACUCUUCUACUGUCAUCAGUCUUGCGGAAGCGUUUGCAGCCGAUGACGGCGCAUUCGAAUAUCACUUGGCCCUUCUGAGGGAGAAGAAUCCAAACUGGAGAGAUGAAAUCACCGGUCUAAUCGCGGCAGAAGCGCUUGACAAAUACGGGGCCAACGUUAUGCUUGUCGCCAGCAACUUCCGCGAUGACUCUCUCGCACGUGAUGUGAUUGAGCACGCCCUCUUUGUGGAGCCACAGAUCAUCCAUCAACGCGAUGUAUUCAAUCACACCGCAUUGCAUUAUUCGGCGAACAGGAACAGAGCUGGUAUCACGAAGUACUUGAUCAAGAAAGGUGCCAAUGCGACAAUCACGAACUUUCGAGGCCAGACCGCUUUCCAUGUUGCAAUCCAUCGACGACGCUUAGCGACUUACCAAAUUUUGCUCCGCUACCUUGGCGCUGCCGAUAUCAAUACCAAGGACGAUUGUGGUGAAACUUCACUGCAUCUGGCCUGCUACCAUGACGCGCCUACUGAGUUCAUCAUGAGUAUGUUGGCGGCUGGUGCUGACGCUAAUGUCGAAGAUCUGUCUGGCAACACACCACUGACGAUCAGCGAAAAGAUUGGCAACUUGGAGAUAGCCGAUUUACUACGAGAGUAUGAAUCGGACGAGCCCGAACUUUUUCCGCCACCGCCACCGUAUCAGAGCACACUUUCUCUCGCUCGUCAACAGGAGCCCACUGGUUGCACGUGUGAUCUCUGUCGUUUGUUCCAGGCAGUCCGCAAAGUCGACGAUCUCGUCCCCGAUCUGGCGGAUUGCACGUGCACCUAUCAUUUGGUGCGCCUCUCACUCAAGACGUUGAGCGAUGUGGACUACAUCAUGUCAUGUCUGAGUUCGUGCAUGUGUCGGUCUUGUGAAGGGGAACGUGCCCUGAAUGAGGAUCGAGAGCCGUGCAUUGACUUUCCAUCUUGCGACUGUGAAGAUUGCGUCGCUGAAAUCAGCCCACCGGGGCCGUUCACAAAUCCUCCUUCGCUACCCCACGGCGAUGAUUUCGCUGGCAUGCCGCUACCUCCGUAUCCAGAUCAUAGCUAUUACGACUAUAUCAUCGAUGAGUGGACCAUUGAGGACGAUACAGACCGAUCACCACAAGAUAUCACCGCACAGGCCUUGGCCUGUCUUGCCCAAGCCGGAUUCAAAGGAAAGAAGUCCUAUCGGAAUGAGCCGGAAAAGGCCCUUAAAUGGGUCAUCAGCAACAACGCCACUACACCUUAUGUCUACAAGAUUGUGGAAAUUCUGCUAGACUGCGGAGCAUCGGCCAAUACGACAGACAAGAGUGGAUGUACUGGCCUUCACAUAGCUGCUCGAACACAAGACGUUCGUCUAGCCAUGGUACUAAUUCAACGUGGCGCAUGGCUUGACGUGCCUCGUCAAGCGAUGUUCGCAGCUAAAGCGGAUUUCACCCCUCUCAGGUACGCGCUCUGGUUCGGAAACGCGCUAUCGCUUCGACAGCUCUUGUCAGUGGGCGCAAAUAUCAAUGACCAGUCCGUAUACGGUCGGAAUACGCUACUUCACGAUGCGGUCACAAGCUUCGAUCUCCUAGGCUGGCAUAUACCGAUGCUGUUAGCGCAUGGGGCCGACACAGAACUGGCGAAUGAGGACGCAAACACACCGCUUCAUCUCGCUAUCUCGCUGAAUCAGAUUUUCGCUGUCAUUGCACUCCUAGAUGCGGGAGCCAAUAUCGAAGCCAUCGGGAAAGCUGGCGCGAAACCGCUAGCUAUGGCGCUUGAAGGCGGCAACUACGGCAUCAUCACUCUUCUCCUUGAUCGCGGUGCAGACGUACACUCACGUGCUAACGGCAUGACAUGCGCGCUAUUCUACGCAGUUCAAAUGGGCUACGUCGAUAUAGUGAGCGUACUCCUUGAAGACUACGGAGCGAGAGAGGACAUGCAUCGCACUGAUCUCACAGGCCGCAGUAUUUUACACGUGCUUGUGCAUACACAUGUCGAUCACAUGCUCCAUAUACUCGACAGGUUGAUCGAAGAAGGCGCAAACGUCAAUGCAGAGGACUACUCUGGGUCGACGCCGCUACAUGAGGCUGCGAAGCUGGGGAGUACUGUAAUGGUCAGUGGGCUGCUGGAAUAUGGGGCUACGAUGAAUGUACAGGAUCGUCAGGGCAAGACCCCGUUGGAUCAUGCGCAGGCGAAGAAGCAUCGUGAAGUUGUGGAGUACUUGGGCGGGACAUUGAAGAAGAAGGGUUGGUUCCGCAGGAGUUAG